CUGUUGUAGCCCGUGCGCAAGACAGACAAUAGAAUGGCAGAAGCUGCUCCAGCCCCCGCUGCUGCCCCUGCAAAGGCCCCCAAGAAGAAAGCAGCACCCCGACCCAAGAGUACUGGACCGAGUGUUGGAGAACUCAUCGUCAAAGCUAUUUCUGCAUCUAAAGAGAAGAAAGGAGUUUCUUUGGCUGCACUUAAGAAGGCUUUGGCGGCUGGUGGAUACGACGUGGAAAAGAACAACGCGCGUGUAAAGGUGGCCAUUAAGAGUCUUGUUACUAAGGAAACGCUGGUUCAGACUAAAGGAACUGGCGCCUCCGGCUCCUUCAAGCUGAACAAGAAACAGGCAGAGGAGAAGAAGAAGCCCGCUAAGAAGGUAGCACCUAAAGCCAAGAAGCCAGCAGCGAAGAAACCUGCUGCAGCCAAGAAGCCUGCUGCAGCAAAGAAGGCUGUAGCCGCUAAGAAGUCUCCGAAGAAAGCGAAGAAACCCGCCACACCUAAAAAGGCAACAAAGAGUCCUAAGAAGGCCAAAAAGCCCGUCACACCUAAGAAGGCAGCGAAGAGCCCCAAGAAAGUCAAGGCAGCUAAACCUAAGGCGGUCAAGCCUAAAGCUGCUAAACCCAAAGCGGCAACCCCUAAAGCUGCUAAACCUAAAAGGGCUGCUUCUAAGAAGAAGUAAAUGUUGCGCCCCCUGUCCCGUCAAUGUUGUCACGUUAGACGCAAAGGCUCUUUUAAG